AUGUCUGCCUCUGCGUCAGCCCGGGCAUCUCGGUCACGAAAGGGUAAAGGUCGCGAACCUGCUGGUACUCCCAUGGUGACAUCGACUUCCGGGGCCGAGUCACUAGCCCAGGUUGGGUCUGACGAUCCCGGCGCACCGACACGCCGGUAUAGCACCCGUUCGACUAAUGAUCUACAUCCUGGUCGUUCUGCAGGAGUGAAUAAACGCACACAUGCAGAGGUGAAGGAGGACGCACGCAAGAAACAGCUCGAGAGGGCGGCUGAUCUUGCACGCAGGGAAGCCGAACUCGAGGAGAGGGAGCUUGCCUUAGAGAAUCGAACGCAGAAGCAGGCCGUAUUCGAAGGGAAGUUGAAGGCGCGUCGAGAGGAAGAGACCAUGGAGAAGCUGCUUGCAGACGAAGACGCUAUGGCGGACGAAGACGUUAUCCCGGACGAAGAAGUCCCGGGCGAAGACACCAUCGUGGACGAAGAUGUUAUUGCGGACGAAGGCGCUAUUGCGGACGAGGGUGCGAUUGCGGAUGAGGGUGCGAUUGCGGACGAAGAUGCAGUUGCAGAUGAAGACGUGGUUGCGGACGAAGAUGCAGUUGGGGAUGAAGAUGCAGUUGCGAGCGAAGAUGCAGUUGGGGACGAAGGUGCAGUUGCGAACGAAGAUGCAGCCUUGGUCCGUGAAGACGGAGACAUAGACAUGCAAGUUCAGUCGGACUUCAAAGACGAAGACGACGAGGACUAUAAGGAAUCGAGUGAGCGUGGUGAUGACGAGAGCUCGGAGCAGUUGCAGAGCUCCGACGGCGACGACUCCGAGUCGGAUGAUGAGGUUGAGAUUGGUACAAAGAGGAAGGCGAGGAGCACGUCGAAGAAGAGAGCUGAUGUGAUAUCGUUCGAGGAUCAGUCCGGGACCAAGAAGAGGAAGUCGCAGAAGGACCUCAGGCAGGAGCUCUUGGCCGAGGUGGAGAGUGCGAAAAGGAUGCAGCGCGCGCAGACGACAGUGAGCUCGGAGUCGGACGCACGCGCCUUGGCCUCGACCUCCACAAAGCCGCGUUCUCAACCUCGCUCGACAGCGUCGAAACCGACAUCCAAACCGACAGCUACGAAGAAGUCUACGAGUACGAAGAAGUCUACGACCACGAAGCAAUCCACAAGCACGAAGAAAUCCAGUAACGUUUCUAAGAAGAGCUCGGCGCCGCCGUCUACUAUCUCACUCGACCUCAACAUGGGUCUAAAGGCGGACUGGAAAGCUGCUGUCGCGCAUCGUUCGCAAACCCCAUCUCGGCCUCAGGCGAAGGCACUCUCCGUGGCUGCAAAGUCCGCAUCGCCUGCGACCUCUAGCCAGGCAAGUACACCGACUCCGAAGCACUCCGCGGCUGCUCAUCGUGCGGGCAACACGAAGCGCAUGAAACGUCAACGCUCGCUAGAGCUCAUUGGCGGCUUCGUCGAUGACGAUGUCACUGUCAGCUUCGGGUCUGCGAAACGCGGAUACACUCAAAUGGCUGAGGUAGUGAAGAAGGAGGGCUCCGACAACGAGGGCAAGCAUUCGACCAGUGCAAAGAAGAAGCGCCGCGCGAAGACCACCGUUUCCGACGAGAAGUCACUCUCAGUUCACUCCUUACCUGCCUUCAUACAACCUCACUGGAAGUCGACCUUCGUUCCAACGAUGAUCCAACUCAUUGGUCAAGCCGAGAUGCCAUGGGCGUACGCAAGCGGCAAGAAUUCGGCUGAGGACAACCUCCUCGUCGAUCUUGUGCAACGUUUGGUGAGUGCGUUCUGGCCAGAAGAGGGCUACGAGGUCGACGGCUCCGAUAAGAUCUAUCGGAUUGCGCGGCAGGCGGUCAAUGACUGGCGCGCGCGUUUCGCUUCUCGCAUCAAGACAUUCAUCAGGAACGAGCUGAAGAAACGGGGGUCCAAGGCGAACAUAAGAGUGUUCGUCAAGGCGGCACUGGUGAAAAGCAACGGCGCGGCAUUCUGGGCCGAGUACAGUGCAGAAGACGAAUGUGCUACAGGAGCACUCCAGUCAGCAUACGUCCUCAAAUCAUUUGCAACACAUCUCGCCGCAAUCCAGGGAAGUCGUCUCAAGGCUUCUGAUACCCAGCCCGCGCGCGGCGCUCUUUCACUCGCGGCUACUGCAGUGCAGUACGUAUUUACCGCGUGGCAGCACGGGACUUUCGACGGAACAAUCGCAUUCAGCGGCGAUAACUACCGUGGCAUUACGACUUUCUGGCGUGACAAAUCCGUCGACAAGAUCAUUGCCCGUGGUCGGUACAACAAGUACGUCGACAUGGCUGAUAAGUACAUGGAAGCUGGAUGGGCACCCCGUGUUGUCGACGAUGAAGACAAUGUUACCGUCUGCGAUCCAAGCAGCCCGGUACAGUCUGAUCGUGAGGAGGGUGGGUUCGAUUGA